GUUUGUUUACAAGUUUGGCGCCAAAAAGAACCACCGGAGGGUUUGACAGCGACGGGUCCGUCCUCUCUUUUCUGCCUCAAAAAUGAUGGAGCUUGAUGAUGUUGGUGCGCUGUUCGGUGGCAGUGAUGAGGAGCCUCAGGAGAGAGAGCCUGGUGGAGAAAGAGAAGAAGGGGAAGAAGAGAAUGAGUUGAACCCGAAUGAGGCGGCAGCAGCAGCGGAAGGAGCGGGGAAAGGCGAGAUCAUAAAAGUGAAAGUUGUCAGGAAACCGCUGCCCAAACUUGACGCUCACAGGCUGGCGGGUCCGAGAGGGAUGUUCGCCUUACAGAAAUCCUUCAAAAACUUCAAAUACAAAGGGAAGGGGCACGAGACGGAGGAUUUCAGGGCCAUGCUGCAGAAGAUGGAGCUCUGGGCCCAUCGACUCUUUCCCAAGCUGCCCUUCAAAGACACCCUGGAGCAGAUAGAGAAGCUUGGAGGGCAAAAGAAUGUACAGGUCAACUUGAAGAAGAUGCGUCUGGACAUGUUCACUGAGGCGGACAUAGAUGACGGCAUUGACCACGUGAAGAGAGGGACAGAUGAUGGCGAUAAUGACCCUCAAGUGCCCACCGUUGAUGUGUUUGAUGAGCUCCUUGGGAUUACUACUACUACUGCUACCACCACUACUACUACUACUACUACUACUGGUGUUACGCAUGCCUCUAACACCCCUCCGCUGAUGCCUUGGUCCCCACCGAAGCCAAAACUGACGGAUGAACAGAGGGAGAGGGCGGAGAGGAACAGGAGACUCGCCCUUGAGAAAAGACUUGCCCGACAAAGACAACAACAGCAGUACCAGGAGAGCCUCAAUGCCUUGCAGAAUAAUUUGGAUAAUGAAACCCAGAGAGAAAGAGACGCUACCUCAACAGAACCAAUGGAUGCUGCGAACUCUGAUGACGGUUUGAACAGACUCACAGAACAAGGGAACUCCGAGGAAACACUCACAACAGACAAGGCUUUAGCGAGGACUCAAGACCCAGCGGGGACCCAGAAGAAGGACGAAACAGUCGAUGGUAUGGAUGCUGCGGACAGUGUUUUUGACAAGCUGAAAGAACGAGAGGAGAGGAAAGAGACACAAGAUGACUCAGAGGAGGAACUCACAAUAGACGAGGCUUUAGAGGGGAUUCAAGACCCAGCAAGGACCCAGAAGGAGAACGAAACACCAGAUAAGACAGGCAAUGGUAUGGAUGUUGCGGACAGUGUUUUUGACAAGCUGCAAGAACAAGAGGAAAAGGAAGUUACUCAGGAUGAUUCAGAGGAAGAACUCACAAUAGACGAGGCUUUAGAGGGGAUUCAAGACCCAGCAAGGACCCAGAAGGAAAUAAAGUGGAAUUCAUGGAUACUGACAACCAAAACAAAAGGAAAUAAAGUGGAAUUCAUGGAUACUGCAGAGGUUUCAGACAAGCUUGAAGAAGGAAAACAGGAUGCAGAGGAAGAACUUGCAAUAGAUGAGGUUUUAGAGAAGAUGCAAGACCCAGAUAACACACAAAAUUAGACCAAAACAAAAGGAAAUAAAGUGGAAUUAAUGGAUACUACAGAGGCUUCGGACAAGCUUGAAGAUGGGAAACGACUUGGAGGAAGAACUUGCAAUAGAUGAGGUUUUAGAGGAGAUGCAAGACCCAGUUAAAACACAGAAUUAGACCAAAACAAAAGGAAAUAAAGUGGAAUUCAUGGAUACUACAGAGGUUUGGGACAAGCUUGAAGAAGGGAAACAGGACUCAGAGGAAGAACUUGCAAUAGACGAGGUUUUAGAGGAGAUGCAAGACCCAGAUGACACACAGAAUUAGACCAAAACAAGAGGAAAUAAAGUGAAAUUCAUGGAUACUACAGAGGUUUGGGACAAGCUUGAAGAAGGGAAACAAGACUCAGAAAAUGAACUUGCGAUAGAUGAGGUUUUAAAGAAGAUGCAAGACCCAGCUAGCACACAGAAUUGGACCAAAACAAAAGGAAAUACAGAGGAAGUCAUAGAUACCACAGAUGAGAUUAUGAAUAAGCUUGAAAAACAGACGAUGCAGAGGAAAAACUUGCAAUAGACGAGGUUUUAGAGAAGAUGCAAGACCCAGUUAUCACACAGAAUUAGACCAACAACAAAAGGAAAUACAGAGGAAGUCAUAGAUACCACAGAUGAAGUUAUGGACAAGCUUGAAGAACGAGAAGUUAUUCAAAAGACCUCAAUAGAUGUUUAAGGGAAGAUUCAGGACUCAGUUAGUGCCCAGAAGGAAAGGAAAACAUUGAAAACGGGUCUUAUGGGUGUGACAGAUGAUGUUUGAGGUGACAAAAUACAAUAUGGAAAAGAAAAGGAUGGAAGGGUUUUUAGAGAAGAUUCAACCCCCUUCCCCCUUUCUUUUGUGUGUGUGUGUGUGUGCGUGUGGUAAAGGAGUCAAGGGCAAAAAGAAAAAAAGAAAACAAUAAUGAUAAACAACAACGGCUAUCUGAAGAUCACAUUGACAA